AUGUCCAUGCUGCCCACCUUCGGCUUCACGCAGGAGCAAGUGGCGUGCGUGUGCGAGGUGCUGCAGCAGGGCGGCAACAUCGAGAGGCUGGGUCGCUUCCUGUGGUCGCUGCCCGCCUGCGAGCACCUCCAUAAGAAUGAAAGCGUGCUUAAGGCCAAGGCCGUGGUGGCCUUCCACCGGGGCAACUUCCGCGAGCUCUACAAAAUCCUGGAGAGCCACCAGUUCUCGCCGCACAACCACGCCAAGCUGCAGCAGCUGUGGCUCAAAGCGCACUACAUCGAGGCGGAGAAACUGCGCGGCCGGCCACUGGGCGCCGUGGGCAAGUACCGCGUGCGGCGCAAGUUCCCGCUGCCGCGCUCCAUCUGGGACGGCGAGGAGACCAGCUACUGCUUCAAGGAGAAGAGCCGCAGCGUGCUACGCGAGUGGUACGCACACAACCCCUACCCGUCGCCACGGGAGAAGCGCGAGCUGGCGGAGGCCACCGGCCUUACCACCACGCAGGUCAGCAACUGGUUCAAAAACCGGCGGCAGCGCGACCGAGCGGCCGAGGCCAAGGAAAGAGAGAACAGCGAGAACUCCAAUUCUAGCAGCCACAACCCGCUGGCUUCCUCGCUCAAUGGCAGUGGCAAGUCGGUGCUAGGCAGUUCCGAGGACGAGAAGACGCCGUCGGGGACUCCAGACCACUCGUCGUCCAGCCCCGCAUUGCUGCUCAGCCCACCGCCGCCCCCUGGGCUGCCUUCCCUGCACAGCCUGGGCCAUCCUCCUGGCCCUAGCGCAGUACCCGUGCCUGUGCCGGGCGGAGGCGGCGCGGACCCACUACAGCACCACCACAGCCUGCAGGACUCGAUACUCAACCCCAUGUCUGCCAACCUUGUGGACCUGGGCUCCUAGAGCUCUGCUUCUCCCCCCCCCCGGGGGGGGGCUUGCUUUCCGAGCUUGGU